AUUCUCGAAGUUCAAUCCACACUAUCGAAGGGCAUAAUUUCAUCCUAGCCCUCAAAAUCCAAUCUUUACUCUUCGAAUUUCCGGAAAAUUCUUUGGACUACAAAAUUCUCAUACGGAUCAUUUCAAUUCAACCCUCAUCUGCUCCAAAUCCAUGCUUGAUUUCACGGGAAAGCCCGAAAUUGCGCCAGCAAAUUUCCCCAAUUUCAGAAAUUUGAUCGGAUCCUCUUUCAAUUCCUAAGCUUUGUCGCCCAAAUCCAUGACCCAAGUUCAGGCCUAGGGUUCAGAACUUCCCUUCUUUCCCUAGCUAUUGAUUUACACCCUUUUGGUCUACCAUGGCAGCUGCUUUGCGGUGGAAAUCAUCGAGGGACACAGCUUCAGUGGCCGUCUCACAGUUAAGAUGCUUGUUUCAUAGCCAUAUCCAAGCGGGACUGGAUACUGAUUUUCGCAGCAACUCCAAUCUGUUUUCUGUUUCUCCCUUAAAUUUCAAGCCAUCAAAGCGUAAACCUCUUGUCGGAGACUUAAUUGAUGGCGGUAGAAAUUCUCCCAAGUUCUUUAGCAGCAGAAUCAGAGUUCGGUGCUUUAACUCCCGUGGGGAUCCGCCCGAGGUGUGGCAACCUCCUGGGAAGGAUGGUAUUGUGAUCAGGUCAGGGGAUGGGCAGAAUAUAGCGUUGGGCGGGGGAUUUGCUUCUGCCCAGAAGGAGAAUUGCUGGGGCGGGUCCAAUUUGGGGGCGAAUUUCCCAACUCCUAAGGAAAUUUGUAAAGGACUUGAUAAGUUUGUUAUUGGUCAGGAGCGAGCUAAGAAGGUUCUUGCAGUUGCAGUUUAUAAUCAUUACAAGAGGAUAUUCAAUGAUAACUCAGAAAGGUCUUCUGGGAAUUCAGAUGGCGACAAAGCUGAGGCGAAUGAUCAUGAGAAUGUGGAGCUUGAGAAAAGUAACGUUCUUCUUAUGGGGCCUACUGGUUCAGGGAAGACACUUCUUGCCAAAACUUUGGCACGCUUGGUAAAUGUUCCCUUUGUAAUUGCCGAUGCAACCACACUUACUCAGGCAAGAUAUGUUGGGGAAGAUGUUGAGUCCAUUUUAUACAAAUUGCUGACGGUUGCAGACUAUAACGUGGCGGCUGCACAACAAGGCAUAGUUUACAUUGAUGAAGUUGACAAGAUUACCAAGAAGGCUGAAAGUCUCAAUAUUAGCAGAGAUGUCUCCGGGGAGGGUGUCCAGCAAGCACUGUUGAAAAUGCUCGAGGGAACUAUUGUAAAUGUUCCGGAGAAAGGUGCUAGGAAGCAUCCUAGAGGAGACAAUAUUCAAAUUGAUACGAAGGACAUUCUCUUUAUAUGUGGUGGCGCGUUCAUUGACUUGGAAAAGACGAUCUCGGAAAGACGACAUGAUUCUUCCAUUGGCUUUGGUGCUCCUGUUCGUGCAAACAUGAGAACAGGCCGUGUUACAAGUGCUGCCAUAACAUCAUCCUUGCUGGACACUGUUGAAAGUAGUGAUCUUAUUGCAUAUGGCUUAAUUCCCGAGUUUGUCGGACGGUUCCCCGUAAUUGUCAAUUUGUCAGCACUGACUGAGGAUCAGCUCGUUCAGGUUUUGACUGAGCCUAAAAAUGCAUUAGGGAAGCAGUACAAAAAAAUGUUCGAAAUGAAUGGAGUGCAAUUGCAAUUCACCGAAGAUGCAUUAAGACUAAUAGCUAGAAAAACAAUAAGUAAGAACACAGGUGCUCGUGGUCUGCGAUCCAUGUUGGAGAAUGUUUUAAUGGAUGCUAUGUAUGAGAUCCCGGAUGUUAGAACAGGGGAUGAUAUAAUCGACGCAGUCGUAGUGGACAAGGAAUCCAUUGGCACAGACGAGCGAGGAAGUGGCGCCAAAAUCCUCUACGGCAAGGGGGCAUUAGAGCGUUAUCUCUCACAGCACAGGUCCAAAACAUCCGAGACAUCUGUAGACCGGCCUGAAGCGGAGGCGGAGCAGGACCUACCGUCAAUAGCCGCAAUGUAGAUUAUUAUUCGAAAACGGUAAUGGCAACGGUAACGGUACGGUGUUGUGUUGUUGUGGUUUAUUAGGGGUUACUGUAAAUGGAUUAUAAUGUAUGCUCUCUAUUUAGGGAAAAAUGUGAUUGCGAAACCAUUGUUGUUGUUUAUUGGGACAUGUUCUUCUUUCACUUAUGAAUCCUCUUGCCUUA